AUGGUCAGCUCCUGUUGUGGCUCUGUCUGCUCUGACCAGAGCUGUGGUCAAGGUCUCUGCCAGGAGAGCUGCUGCCACCCCAGCUGCUGCCAGACCACCUGCUGCAGGACCACCUGCUGCCGCCCCAGCUGCUGCAUUUCCAGUUGCUGCAGGCCUUCCUGCUAUAUCUCCAGCUGCUGCAAACCCAGCUGCUGCCAGACCACCUGCUGCAGGACCACCUGCUGCCGCCCCAGCUGCUGCAUUUCCAGUUGCUGCAGGCCUUCCUGCUGUAUCUCCAGCUGCUGCAAACCCAGCUGCUGCCAGACCACCUGCUGCAAGACCACCUGCUGCCGCCCCAGCUGCUGCAUUUCCAGUUGCUGCAGGCCUUCCUGCUGUAUCUCCAGUUGCUGCAAACCCAGCUGCUGCCAGACCACCUGCUGCAGGACCACCUGCUGCCGCCCCAGCUGCUGCAUUUCCAGUUGCUGCAGGCCUUCCUGCUGUAUCUCCAGCUGCUGCAAACCCAGCUGCUGCCAGACCACCUGCUGCCGCCCCAGCUGCUGUAUCUCUAGCUGCUACAGGCCCCAGUGCUGCCAGCCCUCCUGCUGCCGCCCAGCGUGCUGCAUUUCUAGCUGCUGUCAUCCCAGCUGCUGUGUGUCCAGCUGCUGCUGCCCCUCCCGCUGCCAGACCACCUGCUGUAGAACAACCUGCUUCCGCCCCAUCUGCUGCGGCAGUUCUUGCUGCUGA